GGGGAAACGGAGGAGCUCAGAUUCUUGCAUCAGAGCUGAGAAAACAUGGAGGACUUGGAGAGGAAGCAGAACCUGAGCAGAAGAUUCCUGCAGAAGAUCAGGAACUUCAGACCAAAGGAGGUUUUUACCUGGCAUCUGGUCCGGACCCUGGCUAUGGGUCAGGGUCUGGCGGUUUUGAUCUGUGGAACCGCCAUCUCCUCCCAGUUCUUGGCCUCCUUCCAGGUGAACACCCCCAUGCUGCAGAGCUUCAUCCACUACCUGCUGCUGCUGCUGAUCUACAGCGGAACCCUGCUCUGCACCGCAGGAGAUGGAAAUAUCUUACAGGUUGUCAGGAGGAGCUGGUGGAGAUACUUCCUGCUGGGACUGGUGGACGUGGAGGCAAACUACACCGUGGUGAAGGCCUACCAAUACACCACUCUGACCAGCAUCCAGCUGCUGGACUGCUUCGUGAUCCCGGUCCUCAUGGUUCUGUCCUGGUGGGUUCUGAAGAUCCGGUACCGUCCGAUCCACUACGUGUCGGUGGUGAUCUGCCUGCUGGGAGUUGGAGCAAUGGUUGGAGCGGAUCUCCUGUCUGGACGGAACCAAGGAUCCACCUCUAACCUGCUGCUGGGGGAUGGUCUGGUUCUGCUCAGUGCGACGCUCUACGCUGUUUCUAACAUCUGUCAGGAGUACACGGUGAAGAGACGGAACCGGGUCGAGUUCCUGGGGAUGAUCGGACUGUUCGGUACCAUCAUCAGUGCCGUGCAGAUGGUGGUUCUGGAGAGGAACCAAGUCGCCGAGAUCCAGUGGAGUUGGAGAGUCGGGCUGCUGUUCGCCUCCUUUGCUCUCUGUAUGUUUGCUCUGUACAGCUUCAUGCCCAUCGUGAUGAAGCUCAGCAGCGCCACCUCUGUUAACCUGUCGCUGCUCACUGCCGACCUGUUCAGCCUCUUCUGUGGCAUCUUCCUCUUCCAGUACAACUUCUCUGGACUCUACCUGGUCUCUCUGGUCAUCAUCCUCAUCGGCUUCAUCACCUUCAACGCCGUGCCGAUGCCCUCCGACCAAUCCAACCCCGAUGACCUCAGCGUCUCUUCAUCUUCCUCAUCCUCGUCCUCCUCGGUGGACCCUGAGCGUCCUGAGCAGAGGACGGAGGAGGAUUUCAAAUGGCAGGACGAUGUUUUGUGCACCACCAAAAUGUGACCCAUCCAUACGUCAUGUUUUCAUUUGAACACGUUUAUUUAUUGAGUUUUACUUUACUUACUGUACAGAAACACACAAUACAGAAAAUAACGGAAAUGAAACGCAGAUAAAUCAAACUACAGCAACCAGCUGCUGAAUCACUUCUACUUCCUCUGUUUCCUUUUAGCAUUUCUGACCAAAGGGUUAGGGUUAGUUAGUUUUUCUCUGGACAUGUUGGUCUGGUUCCGUUCUGUUCUGCUGUGGUGAAUCUGAGUUCUGCCAUCGUCUGCAGGAACCAGAAACUAAAGUUAGCUUCAGUGUUUUUGGUCCAUGAAGGCCAGAAGAGAAGUUGCUGCUUCUCUUCUGGCCUUUAUGAGUUGAAAACACUGAAUCUAACUAAAAUUUCUGGCAUUUAUGGACCAAAAACACUGAAGCUAACUUUAAUUUCUGGCCUUUGUGGGCUUUAUGGGUUGUGAGGAGGGCUGUGCAGAGACCUUUGGAGGGGCAGGUGCUCAAAGUUAAAAGGGGGCACAUGAAGCAAGAAUUUGAAACAUCAUACAGAAACAUACCUCAUAAUACAAGGUGCAGCAGUGGCUAAGUCUCAGGACUGCUGAUCAGAAGGUCAUUGGUUCAAACUCUGACCUGUGAUGUAGUGUAUGUGAGAAAAAUUAUUAUUUUGAAGCUGAAUUUACAUCAUCAUUAGACACUGGACUGUUUAACUGUGGCUACUCUUCCUGGAGUCCUUGCUUUUAAAUUUCAUACCUUUUCCAGACAUGUACUGUAGAGCCACGGAUUUGCUCCAUGAUGCUGAUUCAUAAUCUGCCCUUUAUUAUUCGUAGUGCUAAUAAUAAGUUUAAAAACAAUUAAAUGAUAUAGGAAUCAUGUAUUUAAAUGUAUUUGUACUUUUAUUCAGUUUGACUAUCCACUUUGCACAAGACAGCAAGGUUCUAAAAGUUUUAUAUUUUAUAUUUAGGCAUAUUAUAUUUAAUUUGUCUAUAUAUACAAAUGUUAUAAACAAGUACUGAUAUCUUUAAAUGAGAAGUUGAGAAAAUCACAAUUCAAAUUCUUCUAAUUAUUAUUGUUAUUGUAUUUAUACUGCAAUAGUCCAAAAUUAUGUGAAAAUGCAUGUACGUAGUUUCAGUGAAAUAACAUAACCUCUGUCUCAUUGCCUCUAGAAACAGGAAACACACUGCAACUCACUGACAGUAAAAUAAUACAUCUCUCUGAUGCACUUUGCCCAUGACAACAGAAACAUACAGAAACAAAAAGAAGCCUGGCAGACUUUAUCCUCUCAGCAGCUGUGUGGUUAACUAGCAGCUAGAACUGAUGACAGGUGUGUGUUAGAGUCAGACACACACACACAGGAUGCUCACUUCAUCAGUCAUCUUGCAAAAAUACACCGUACAUAAACGAAUCCCGCUGCAGAACCUCCUCUCCAUCAGGACCAUCAGUUGUUGAUGUCCUCCCUCGGGUCUCCGGUUUCUAGACUAGCGGCGCUAGCGCAGAGCUCCAGGGAACAUCUGGACCCCUCAGAGCAGUGAGGGACGUCUACGUAGAUCACGUGACCGACCGACGGUAGAUCUGAAUUAUUUUUAGUUUUGUUUUAUUUAUUAUUUUGGUCCUCAGAGACUUUUACACACACACACACACACACACACACACACACACACACACACACACACACACACACACACACACA